AGUUAGGAUAAAAACAUGAGCAUAACGCAACCGCGCCGCCGUAAAUGUAGAGGUAUUAAAUAUGCAGGUAAAGAAGCGUUCCUACCGUUAGGUCGAGCCUGUUCACUUCUGUUUUCAGUACCAUAUCAUAUUCUCAGUGACCUAUUAAAAUCAACAUACUUUAAACUAUGUGCGUAUUUUAUAAAAUGUGAUAUCAGUUAUGGAAUACUUUUCAUUUUAAUCGAGAUUUUUAUAAAGCAGGCCAUAAGUAUGAGUUCCUCUAUACCAGAAAGUAAUAUCGGAAUCAGUGAUUCCGAGGCGAAAGACAAGAAGGCUUGGGUUCAAUUUGAUGAUGAAUCUGAUUGUAAAGUGACUGCCUCCGAAUCACAAAGCACAUUAACGCAAAAGUCACCUGAAGCAGUUAAGCAAACGAAAGCUAUGGGAGACGAGAAUGUAGUUCGUAAUUCGGUAACCGAAAACAGUUGUGAUAAUGUGGCUGACAAAAAUAAUAGUGGUGAUUACAGUGGAGCUGUAAUUUCCACGGAAUCCGUCCAAAUAAAUUUAGACAGAUCAGGUUUAAAUCAUUCCAUUGGCAUUGAAGAUUCAAACAUGUCAUUUAAUGCGAAAACUAACUCGUUAAAAACAAUUGAUUUGAGAAAUCCAUCUAAUAAUGGAAGAACUGCUUCCAACAAUGCAACAAGCAAUUCUUCUGGAUAUAUUAGACAAGGGUUUGCAAAUGGAGAUACAAUUGUAACUUUAUUGCCAGUAAACACAAGAUGGCCAUGGGUUACACCAGCUAAAUUUAAACCUGAAUUAGUACCAGAGGAACUAAUGGCUCAAGGACUUACGCUCACAGUGGAAGAUUACGUGCACAUAAUGGAAUUGUUAGUAAAUGAUGUAAGAUUUAACAUGUACAAUAUUUGCUACAAGCGUGUUCUUGUGUUAUGGAUUUUUAUUGGCUUUGUGAUUCUAUUGGGACUUUUAUUUUCUGGAGUAACAGGUCUCACUUUGUUUGGCCUUGGUGUUAUGUGGUUAGUUCUGAAUGCUGCUGCAAUAUUCCUGUGCAUGUUUAUUAAAAUUAAAUUAAAUCAAAAUUUAGAAAAAUGUAUGGCACAGGUUAACAAGCAUUUGCUCCGUCAUAAAAUAUUGCUUGGAUUGGAUGACAGAGGAAAAAUAUCUUGCCAUAAAGUCAACUUGUGUUUUUUAUAUUUCGACAGUAGUGAAUGUAUAAAUAAGCUACAAGAUUUUAUCGAAGCUGAAGAAAGGGAUGGCAGAGCUAUUGGGGAAGAUGAAAGCAGUAAAGCCAGACGAGCAAAAGAUAUGCAGCAACGAAUGGAUAUAGAUGACUCCGAUAUUGUAAUUCAAGGCAGUACAAUAACACGACUCUCAAGAAAACAAGGAAAAAGUGAACGACUGUUUUGCCGCUACACACAAAGGUGGGCAAAAGACUACUUGCGACGCCGCUUAGACUGGACAGUAGAUGAGGAAGGCGGAAAUCCUUCCUCCCCAAGACAUUUAUCAUGUGCAAUAUGUCCCUGUCAAUAUAUAGAAGAGUGGCUGCGGAACAAAUCUCGCAUUCAAGGGCGAGAUUUUUGUCCUACAUGGAGCAACUUUUUCAGGGACAGAGGAAUUUAAGACGACCUAGUUAUUAUCAACGACAAAAGAUCUGAUGUUUGUACUUAAAAGUAACCACCGUCCAUGAGAAUUUUAUAGAUUUUACAAAAGAAAAAUGAAUUAUAUACAAAAGUAUGUUUUGUAAGACGUAUUUUUCUAAAGCAGAGCUUUAAAGUGUCCUUUCUUCUUAAUUAAAAUAAAAAAUAAAAACUGUAUAGACACACCGCCAAAACUUAUAAUAUAAAACACAUUGCUUAAAGUAAGAUACCGACUAGAAAAAACAAUGUAAGUAAUUCAAAAAAGUAAACAUAUAUGUUUAAAUUAAUAAAAACAUUAUUCAAGUUUUUUAAUUAAUUAGAAUUUCAGAGAUUUUUAAUUAUGUGCAUAUUAUCUUGAAAUUAUUACUGUUUCAAAAUAUUCCUGUAUACUUAUGUAUAAAAACUUAUGUACAUAGAAAUAAAAAGUU